GCGGACUACACUCUCACCCCUUCUGUCACGCCCGCCAUGCCUCACUCCGCCCGAAACAAGCGCCAGCCAAUAUCCUGUGAGCCAUGUCGAACGCGAAAGAUCCGCUGUCAUCGAGACGGAUUCCCAUGCUCAACGUGCGUCCGACGAGGCGUCACUUGUGUCUACGCCUCCAACCCCGCCGGUAACAAUAUGGCCCGUCGAUCGACGUCCGACCGCCCGCAGUCAUCGGCCUCAUCACCUGUAGAUCAAACGCCGGUCCGUCCGUCACAGGAUAACUUGGCUCGGCGCGUGCGUAGGUUGGAGGAAUUACUCCUCCGUUCGCAUGGCGUCUCUUCUCCGCCGUCGCCCUCGCCCAACGAGGAUAACACUCCACCGUCGUCCUCGGUUGAGAACAAUGACCCUGCGCGCGAACGUACGCCACAGGAUCUGAAUGGAACACUUCGCGUGGACGACAAGGGUUUCAUUCGCUUUGUUCCAGCGUCCCUUCAAUGGCAGUCCUCCCGACUGGCACUGGCCGACGACUCCUCCGGCAUCGCAAGUAUAACGCGGUAUCCGCUGAACCCUGCAACAACCGCAUCCAUGGACGACAUUCUCGGUGCACUACCAUCUCAGAGCUACUGCUCCGAACUUGUCCGUGUCUACUUUACCUCCUACGCCUCACUUUUCCACGUGCUCCACGCCCCUACAUUCGAACGGCAGUACGAACGCUUUGUGCAAGGCGCUCAUGAUAUGCCACUAGCUUGGCUUGCUCUUCUCUAUGCCAUCAUCGGCACCGCUGUACACGCUCUACCCAGUGAUAGUCAACUGCUCGACCUCAGUCAUCAAUCGCGACCGCUCGAGAAGAUUGAAGACCUGUCAUCGCGAUAUCGCUCGCUUGCCAUGAGAUGUCUGGAGCACGACCAUUACCUAUGGACUCAUAACGUCACGACCCUCCAGGCCCUGAUUCUUCUCAUCUACAGCAUCAACCACAGCAAUGGCCAGACGUGGACGUUUCUCGGCCUAGCUCACCACCUUGCGCUUUCCAUUGGGUGCCACAUCGAUCCCAGCCGGUUUGGGCUGGACGUCAUCCAAUGCGAGGAACGACGGCGGUGCUGGGCGGCGGUAAAGAUGCUGUAUACUCAACAAAACACCGCCAUGGGGCAUGUUGGCAUCACUCACGCGCAAUUUCCAUCCAAUUGCCGGCCUCCCGCUGAUACCGACGAUGAUUGUCUUCUGGCAGGCGUGAUGGAAGAUGCAGUCGAGACGCCAUCGAUUACACUGCGACCUACUGAAAUGACAUAUCUCCUGCUCAAAUUCCGCCUCUACGACAUCUGUUCCGACAUCUGCGAGUCUGUGCUGAGCAAGAGGUACGUUGACCUGGACAAUAUACGCAGACUUGACGCCGUCCUCCAGAAUGAGCAGCAAUCCUGGGACUCGAGAUUUUUCAGUGGCGAACACUACGCGCAUCACCUGACACUGCUACUACACCAACAAAUCCUCCUCCGAAUGGCCACCACCGAGCACGACUCCACCCUUCGAUGGUCCCGUCUGCGGUGCCUCGACGCCGCUAAAAGUGUCCUCGACAUCCACGCGUACGUGCAUGAUGCUCCUAAGCUGGCGCCUUUCCGAUGGUUCAAUCGCGGCGUUGGCAGCUUCCAUGCCUUCCAUGCAGCUGUGGUGUUAGUCAUGCUACGUCGAAGAGGCAUGGAAGAGGACUGCCGCGAGAGCGUCGAGCCCGCGUUGCAAGACUGCUUCAUGCGCUUCAUGAGCAUGAGCGAGCUGAGCCCAUUCUGCGCGAAAGCCGCACCAUUAUUGCAAGCUUUCAUCGAGCAAAUUCAAAUCACUGAUCAGCGAAACGAUGGUAGCUACGGCGGUAGCGGCAGCAAUUAUUCUAUCCUGAGGCAUUCGCUCCACGAGCCCGGAAUCGCCCUUGGGGCCCACAACGUCCACAGCCCGGACGAGGCAAGGCCGUUAUCGAGACCAACGUGGAGCACGAGCAACCGCACAGCGAGCACCAGCGGUCAUCACGAAACCAGCAGCUCGGAAGGCUACGAUGCCAGCAACCCCAAUUGGGACUUUUUGCUGGCCGACAUGCAGCCACAGCAAUGGCUAAGUCCGGCAGUGUUCCCGCUGGAUCAAUGGAACAUGAUACUCACAGAUCCCAUAUGA